UGAAUACAGCCUCCCUUAGCUUUUUUAAGACAACAAAGAUGGCAGAUGCUUGGAGGGGUGCCCUCUCUUCUGUCACAGAAACUGUUUUCCCUGGAACAAAAGGGUACAGUAACAAAGACAGGAGUCGCUUGAUGCCAGUAGACAGCUACCUUGCAUCAAACCUACCUCUACAAGUACUGUUGUAUUUUAAUGCAUACUAUUCAGCCUUUUGGAUGGUCAUAUGUUUGGUUACGUUUGUUGCUAAGUAUGACAAGCUAGACUCUGUUUACAAGUUUGUCCUUGUUGUUAUAUACAUCAUCAUGGGGUUCUUAGAGGCUGGUCGGUUAUAUCUGGGCUACAUUGGUAAUUUGCAAGAGAAGGUACCAGAGUUGGCUGGGUUUUGGUUGGUCACAUUUAUUCUGCAGCUACCCCUUUCCUGCUUAUUGUUGUUAAAUAACACUGCACUUGUCAUGCCCAUGGAAAGAGCUGCAACAAUAAUCCUGUUCUGCUUCAUCAUUUUUGAGUUGAUUCAAGGGUAUAGAGCAGUUAAGGCUUUAACAGAACAUCAAGUUAAAAAGUUUCAUCUUAAGCAGUUUGAUGAUUUAAUUGAAAUGGAAGACAUUUCUCGGCAAAAUGUUGCUGAUAUUGGUUACUAAUGUUUCAGAACAGAAAACAAAUGCUGGAAGAAAUUCUCAUGUCGACAGUUCAUUUGGUUGUAAAUAUUCUGUAAAUAUUUGUUUUUAAGUUUACAAUCAUUCCAGAUUUUGAUGUUUGCACAU